AUGGCCUCUUCCUCUUCCCGCGUCCAUGUCCAGAACCACAUCGCCCUCCAAGCCGCCCGCGAUGGCGACCUGCGCACCCUCAAGGAAAUGGCGGAGCGGACGGACUUGCGAGGAGCCAAGGACGUGGAAGGGGCUAGCGCGCUGCAUCUGGCUGCCGACAAGGGUUGCCUGGAGUGCUGCAAGUUCUUGAUAGAGGAAGUAGGGCUUGGUGUCACCUCAGCGACCCCCACAGGUAAGACACCUUUGAACUGCGCUCUAUACGCCGGGAACGCACAGAUUAUGAAGUACCUUAUCGAUCAUGGCGCUAACCCGAAAAAGGCGACUGCCCAAGGCUUGACGAUGCUGCACAUUGCAGCUGGCAGAGGGCUAUGCGUGCCUUUAGAGCUGUUGCUGUCCCAGGGAAUUCCCGUAGACAUUAUGCUCAGCGUUUUUGCUGGCACGCCAUUGCACGCGGCUGCUUCGAUGGGCCAGCAUCAGGCUUUGAAGAUUCUGCUGGAGCAUGGUGCUGAUCCCAACGUAAUUAUGGAUGAUAAUGUAACACCACUCAUGCUGGCAUGCUGUGAGAAGUCCCUCAAAUGCAUGAGGCUACUGAUUGAGGCUGGUGCUGAUGCCGACGGUAACUCUUAUCGCGGGCCGACUCCUCUAACAUAUGCAGUGAAAGCUGGCUGGACAGAUAUUGUCAAGUUCUUGCUUGAGGCUGGGGCAGACCCUAAUAUUCCCGCCGAGGGUGGGGAAAUUCCAAUCAAGUUAGCAGCAAAGGGCGGUCGACGUGACCUUGUCGAAAUUCUGUUUUCCAACACGAAUUAUGUUCCAUCUCUGCCAUAUUGGACUGUUGAUGGGAUAAUUAGAACGAUGGAAUCUCCACUUAUAAGCUGUCAGGAUCCAGUUCAUGUGGAAGGAAAGAUAACUGCUUUAAAGUCACGAGGGAGGGCGGCAUUUGCAAAGGAGGACUACCAUGCCGCACUGUACUUCUUUGGACAGGUGAAUUCUGAUACAUCAGAUGCACAGCAGAAAUUGUGA